CGUAAAUAAAUAAGGAGAGGAACUCAACGAGGGAAGAGCCGAACAAAUAAAAAUCGCACACACACCUGGAGCCAGUGGACUGUGAGCCUGUUGGUCUCGAGCAUCAGGAGGACAGCAGGAGGAUGUGAAUCACUCACUUUGACUGACUGCAUCGCAUUCUUCGCCGUUUGUGGAGGAAUGUCCGCUUUUUAUACGCUCUGUAUAUAUCUGUGGGCUGGACCGGAGGCUGUGUGGAAAGGAGACACUUACCUGCUGCUGCUGAUGCUGCUAUGUCUCUCGUCAGACUGAUGUGAUGGCUGUCCCUUACAGACAGGGAUCCAGAGGCUGCGUGUCACAGAAAGAGUGAUUUAGACCCUCUUCUUGGCUGCACCAUCAUCACGACCCCCCUGGAUGUUCUCUUGAUGUAUUGCUGUGGUCUGGGACACUGGCGGAGAGAACAGUCCACCUAUGGUUCGGCGGACCGUCAGGACUCAGGGGCCACUGAGGAGAAGGAGAAGAAUGCCCAAGUCCAGCUUGAGAAGGCCAAGUUUAAGCCUGUUGCUUUCGCCGUGCGCACAAACUUUACCUACACUCCUGCGGAUGAUGACAACGUCCCUAUACCAGGGCAUGGAGUUUCUUUUGAAGCUAAAGACUUCCUGCAUAUCAAAGAGAAAUUUAACAAUGACUGGUGGAUUGGGAGGCCUGUGAAAGAAGGGGGAGAGGUUGGUUUUAUCCCCAGCCCGGUGAACCUGGAGACGAUUCUGAUCAGAAGAGAGGUGCAGGCCAGGAAAGCCGCCAAAGCACUGGCCAAUAAAGCAGCUAAUGCUGCCAAAGAUGAUAUGAAUGCGAAGAAAGCUGCUCCACCACAAACAGUUCAACAAGUGAAGAAGAAAUCGGGAGAGCAACUGGCUGCAUAUGAUGUUGUGCCUUCCAUGCGUCCUGUGGUGCUCAUGGGGCCUUCGCUCAAGGGCUAUGAGGUUACAGACAUGAUGCAAAAAGCUCUCUUUGAUUUUUUAAAACACAGAUUUGAAGGAAGAAUUACUAUCACCCGGGUGACAGCAGAUAUUGCACUCGCCAAGCGAUCCAUCCUCAACAACCCCAGCAAGCACGCCAUAAUGGAUCGCUCCAACACCCGCUCCAAUUUAGAUGCCGCGGCCCAAAUCCAAGGAGAGGUUGAAAGGAUUUUUGAGUUAGCACGCAGUCUACAGCUUGUGGUUCUUGAUGCUGACACCAUUAACCAUCCUCUGCAACUAAGCAAGACCUCCUUGGCCCCGAUCCUGGUGUAUGUCAAGAUUUCGUCACCCAAGGUUCUGACAAGAUUGAUAAAGACCAGAGGCAAAUCUCAGACUAAACAUUUGAAUGUUCAGAUGGUGGCCGCAGACAAACUGGCUCAGUGUCCCAAUGAACUGUUCGAUGUCAUCUUGGAUGAGAACCAGCUGUCAGAUGCCUGUGAACACAUCGCUGAUUACCUGGAGGCCUACUGGAGAGCAACACACCCUCCUGAAAUGGAGCCUCCCAACCCCAUGCUGGAGAAACUGGCAGAAAACACACUCCCCACCAGCCCCACACCUGCUAAGGAUGAACAGAAAAGCAAGAAGACGGCCGCCACCAAGAGAAAAGGAUCUCAAGAGCACCAGCAGGAGCAUCAGCCCCAGGCUCAGGAGACGAGAGAGGAGGAGGAGGAGGAAGAAGAGGAAGUGCAGGAGGAGGCCGAGGAGGAGGAGAGGCUCCUUCGUAGCGAGCCAAAGAGACACAGCCAUCAUCACCACCACCAUCACCACCACCACCACCGCUCCAGCACCAGCCGACCAACAGAGCCCCACAACAAACACCAGCACCACAUGCGCCACCAGCAGCCCAGCGACAUGGAGCUGCUUCCUGCUAAAGACGCUUCGUGCGUGGAGUCCCGGAGCAGGCGCACGCUCCCGGUCGAGGGCGACCCCGACCAAACUGAGGUCUACCACAAUAGGACUACAGCUCAAAGGGACCAUAACCACCACCAUCACAACCACCACCACCGACAUCACCACCACCGGCGCGGAACCAUGGACGUUCAGCCGGAUUACUCCCACCACGGCCAGCAGGACUACGAGCUGGAGCACAACGAGCACAACAGGCAACAGAGACAGUCGAGCCAGCUGCGCUCGCACAAACAGUCGCACCACUACGCUCACCCGCACCACAAUCACUAUCACUACCAGGGACGGGAGCGGGACAGGGACAUGGACAGGUGCGUCGAGACAGAGGAGUGGACUGAGGACAUGUACAUUCAUCGCUGAGGUGGACGUUGUUUUAAUGCUGCUAUGUGAAAUGCUGGCUAUCGUGUACUCAGGACAACAUGGUUUCUAUUUCUUUAUCCAUUCUGCUGCGUUAUGGCCACAUCUGAUUCCCUUGAUUGUCAGUUUUCAUUCAUAUAAUUGUGUUUCUCGGGCUUUAGAUUCGUGUGGGCCUGACUACAAGAUUUCAGCACAUUGGUCCUUCCAAUCCUGAGUAUGUGGUUACAUCUUUGCUCGCUACUGUUCCUGUUUCCUGAUAUGUACAUAUGCAAACCGGUCAUGUCUACUGCUAUGCUCUUACCUGUGUUUGUUUGUCACCCCUAAGAAACAGAACAUUUUUUGACAUCCUUUUUUUUUGGCCUUUUGUAGAACGUGCUGCUACAUUAGUGGUAGAUAUGAAGAUAUUAAGAAUAUAAUAAGGGACUUGCCACAUGGAAAUCAUAAUUUUGAUAUUUUCAUGGGAUUAAAUGGGUUAAUGCAUUCACAUUGUGCUGCUAUUAGCUGCAUGCAAAUGAAAGCAAACUAAAGAAUUCUCACUUGGGCUUUUCACCUCAAGGAUUGGAAGGUCUGUUUUUUACCAAUAUUCAAACAAGGACAGUCUAGUCUAGUUAUUUUUUAUGAAUUUUUCCACCUUAUAUUUAACAUAAAAGUGCUGCCAUUUGUAAUUGAAAUGUGCAAGGCUUCCGAGGUCAUUUGCUUCCGGUUAUAUUAGCUGUACUAAAACAAUCCAUUAUGCGGCUUGAUAUUUAAAACUGAUGUUUGUUAUAUUAAUUUAGUUGAUCAAAGUCAUAAAUGCGCUGAUUUGUAUCUUAAAGAAAUUUUAGCUUCAAAUAAUUGUGUACUUUUUUUAGUUUCGGUCAUUUACCCGUCUCGCCUAAUGAAUCUGAAGUCUUGCACAUUUACAUACAAAUUCUUGGAUAUGUUGGGUGUUCAAAUAUUUCCUGUUAUGCAAGUGUAAAACACAGAAACAAAAAGAAAUGUAUAGUUUGAUUUAACUGAAAAAAAACUAUAAACAUUGUGACUAAAAAUAAUAAUUUGACCAUCUCAACCAGCCUGACAGCAACCGCUGUAAUCAGUUUUAUGUAUUUGUUUGACCAAUGGCAGAUGGGGGGAGUGAUCAAAGCACCUGUCUGAAAAAAUCAUUACUACUAUUUCCAUAUAAUGACACUACUAAGAGCAUAAAUUACUGUUUGCAACCUAUUUUCCAAAUUCUGACAAAUCUCAGACAUUCAUUGAUUUUAAUAUUUCGGUUUAAUGUUGGCUUUAAUAUAUACAUAGUUCAGUGUUUAUUUUGGCCUGGUUUUGUAGAUUGUCACAAAAAAACAAUCCAGAUUUUAUUCAGUAAAUUUCAUACAAAAAAUAGCUUGUGUCAAUACAAAGACCUUCAACUCUGGAGCCAUACUAUGUGUUAUUUACAAAAUUAUUUCAAAUGAACACUUUUAAUGUUUAUGAACGUUCUGUUCCAUAUUUAUAAUAUAUACAAUGAGAUCAUUUUAGCCAAGCAGCUGCAUGUAUUUAUGAUUUUCAAAAUGUUUGUUCGAACAUAUAUACAGUAUCAAAUUGAUGUAUAUUUUUUUCUUUAUCGUUACUUUCAUUGUCAUGAAGUAAAAAGGCACACUCAAAUGUCCUGAGAGAAAUAAGUACAAUGAUUUAGAAAACACCUACUGUAUUUUAUUACAACAGCAUGGUAUAAGAUUUGUUUCCGGUUUUGUUAGAAAUGAAGACAGGAAGAUGGCAAUGAUCUCUUCACAUUAAAUGAUGUUUAUCUACACUUGAUACCUUUAUGUUUCCUGAGUACUCUAUGCAUUAGUUUGUGACAACACUCUAGCUUGAAACUUGUUUCUAUGCAUUUGUAUAUACCUCAUAAUGCCUUUGUAGAUACUGGAUUGAUAAAACUGAGUACAGAUACUGCUGCACUGUAAUAUAGAUGUACUUCUGUAUUCAGAUGGUCUGACUGUAUAUUGUCUUUGAAAUGUUCUCCUAAACAAAUAAUGCACACGUAUGAUUUACCA